GCCAGUUAUUUGCAUAACGAGAGGGAACGUGUGUCCAGAUGAGCUGGGGUAAGGGAGCAGCGGAGUGCUGGCGCAGGUGGAGUGCUCAAUCUUUAAGAUAAACCCACUUCCUGAAUCUAUCGACACAGAACAAAAGGGAUUGAAAGUGUUAUCCACUUGAUGCAGUUGCUGUACCAAGAAAGACUUCAGACUUUUUAAAAUUGAUUUAAAAGAAAAUGAAUUUACAGCGGACUUGCGCCUUGGCAUACCUGGCCACUGUGCUUCCCGUCACAGAGGCAGAAGUUCUCGGUCUGACAGACCCCAAGCUGUGCUACAUUCUUGAUGGAGUGCUCCUCCUCUACUCAAUACUCAUCACGGCUCUGUACUUCAAAAACAAGUUCUGUAAGGCAAAAGACGAACCCCAAAAGGAAAGCCUGUAUGCAGACUUGGAAAAGAGCCGUGUCGAGGUAUAUGACCAAGCCAAUUCCCGGCCACGUGAUCCCGAGGCAGGUGGUGGUGGAAAGAGAGGCAAAAGAGGUGAUGCUCUAUAUACAUCACUCAAAAAGGACCGUCCUGUUGAUGCAUACAGUGAAAUUGGACUGCAGAAACAAAACCAAGAGAAGAGACGCAGAGGAAAAGGAGGUGAACAAGUUUACCAGGGACUCAGUGCGGCAACCAAGGAUACUUACGAUUCUCUCCAGAUGCAGCCUCUUCCUCCACGCUAAGAAAUGCACACUUCUUCCUUUUUUAAUGACACAGCACCAUGCCACGACUUGAAGAUGCAAUAUUUAAAGAAUUACCUGAGCAUAUUAUUAUUAUUCUUAUUUUUUUUUUUUUUUUUUUUUUUUAAGAACCAGGUUAGCAACUGAAAUGCUUUAAGGUUUUAAAAGGUUGACUGAUGGCUGAAUUUGGUUAUUUGCUAAACAAUUUAAAAACAAUUUUUCACUUACCUAAUCAAAAUAAGAGCAGCACUUACAGUGCCAUUGGGAAAAGGAGAAGGCAACAAUAUUGUACCUUCAAUUCUAGCUUCAACUUGUGACAUACUGUCAGUAUACUUGCACAGCAUUGCACUGCCCCACAGGUUUGAACUUGUCUUCCCUUUGACAAUCUAAUUAUAGGGUAAAAUAAGGGUUAUUAAGAUAGGGUUACCUUUUAGUUUCAUGCACCAAAUUAACAAGAACAAUAAAAAAUACUCAUGCUGUUUUUAAAUUAUUGCCUUUUAUAAAUAUUGCUUUAAGGAUAAGACAUGAGAAAAAACUGUACUGUAUAUAAAAAGUGUAUAUGUAUAAGAAAACUAAUCUGUUCCAAUAUACAGUAUCACAUUGGUUCCAUCUACAGUCUGCAAUUGAGUCUGCAAAUGAGAUUGGAACAACAAAGGUCAAAGUUCAACAUUGUGCUCAACAGACUCAAUACCAGACGCUAUGCGUCAUUUGCAUACAGUCAAUGAUUUGGAGAAACUGAUUUCUGCCAGCCGACAAUAUUAACAGGGGCUGACAGGAUCCCAAUUCAGAUCGGUUUUGCUUUAUUCAGUUACUGAUGAAAGCAGACUCAUUUCAAAUCAAUCUAUGCAGCACACAUGGAAAUGUGGCAGACAUUUUAAAUUAAGGCAGCCUUCAAAAUUAGCUUCAUAUGGUUUGCUUUUAAAAUAUGGGGUUGAUAAAACAUUCUGGGCAAAUGUUAUGGGUGAAUUUUAAUAUGUAAAUAAAGUACAGUUAUAGAAUCUUUGUUUUAUUAUGUAAUUAAUGCUUAAUCAGCUGCAGAUCAUUAAAACAAUUAAAGACAAUGGAGUGUAUGUUAAAUAAUGUUUAGUUUAGUAAGUUAUACAAAAUAAAAAACAAAAAAAAACAAAAAAAAAAACUCAGGAUUAGUAUUGCAUUCCUGUAAAUUUAAGAGAACAGGUUCUGGUGUACAGCAUUGCGCACUUCAAGGAUUUUUUUUUGUAUUAUGUGUUCCAGUGUGUCAUGUUCACAGCUAGAAGGAAACACACUUAUGUAUGUCUAUAGAACGAGUAGCUGGAAGGACACAAGCACACAGAGCUAGGACAGAGGAAGUCAAAGGUGUUUUUCACAUAUGCUGUAAAAAAGUUAGGGUUGUGUUGGUGCAACAGAAGUAUGAAAUUCGACACUGAUUAAUGCAUGCAGAGUUAGCAGUAGUAAGUUGUUUGAUAUUAGUCAGCCCAGAAAUGUAAUCAAUAAAUAUACCUAGAGGGUUUUAGUACUAGCACUUCAGUUGUAUCAUCAAAAGUUUAUUGGUACUACCUGAAGAAUUACUGUACAAUUCUUUUUUAGUAGUGAGCAAUUAACCAUUUCAGCAGAGUAAUCUUCAUUUCAAUUUUUCUGCUUUUCCAAAAAAAAAAAAAAAAAAAAAAAAAAAAAAAA